CGGCGACCAAUCUCCUCUCUCUCUCUCUUUGCAUUUGAAGAUCGGCCUCGAAGAAGAAGGAGAAGAAGCGCGUUGUCGAGUCGGAGCGAUUACCGAAUCCCGAAUACGAUCCGACGGCAAUGAGACGGGUGCUGAAUGAGAUGGCGGCAUCUGGAUCGUCGAUCCAGAGCUCGGUUUCGUCGUCGAAGGCGGCGGCCUCGUCGUCGUCCUCGUCGCCGUCGAUCUUCACCAACUACGCUCUCAUCUCCGCUCUCGUCGCGUUCACCAUCGCUCAGUCCAUCAAGCUCUUCACCUCCUGGUAUAAGGAAAGGAGAUGGGAUCUCAAACGACUUGUUGGAUCUGGAGGGAUGCCAUCUUCUCAUUCUGCAACCGUGACAGCUCUUGCAGUAGCAAUUGGGUUUCAAGAUGGCUUCGGAGGAACAUCAUUCGCCAUUGCAUUGAUCUUAGCAUUGGUGGUGAUGUAUGACGCAACUGGUGUCAGGUUACAGGCUGGACGUCAGGCAGAGGUGUUAAAUCAGAUUGUGUAUGAACUUCCUGCUGAGCACCCCCUUGCUGAGAGCAGGCCACUGCGUGAACUUCUGGGCCAUACUCCUCCUCAGGUCAUCGCUGGUGGGCUUCUCGGGAUAAUUACUGCAUCGGUAGGGCAUAUGAUCAUCCUGACAUGCGGUUGAUGUUAUCCAUUAGUUGAUUGUGCAGAAAUCCGAAGCAUUGCGCUUCGACAUCUUUGACCACGACUCAAGCCGAGGUCACAGAUGAGAAGAUGUCCAAGCACAUUCACUCCCUUUCUCAUACAUGUGUUCUUGAUGCCUUAAUUCAGCAUUUGUUCCUGACGAAUUUGACAGUUGACACUGUAAAAAUAGUACAAAAUGAAAGAUUGAAUACAGUUACGUCCGAUAUGCUGUUGAA